CUCCCUCUGAUCUUAAUGAGCGCCGCCUCCUGCCCACUUCCGCGCCGCCCCCCCCUCCAUACGUCACCGCGCCGUCCCCUGCACUUGUCACUGCCGCCUCCUGCUUAAAAUAGGGUAAUGCACGCAGUAUUAAUCAUACAUCAGUAAAACAUACACACUGGCAUACUGGGGUAUCAUCUGCUGUAUGUAACCCAGUGGGUAUCAGCAGGUGUCACACUGGAUUAAAUACAGCAAGUGGUACUGUAUCACACUGGGUUAGAUGCAUACAAAAACACGCUGUUUGGGAUACUGUAUGGGGCUGUAACCCUAUGGGAGACUGUGAUACGGAACCACAAGCAGUGCUUAUACCGUAUGCUAUAUUUUUGCCCCUAGACAUGAGCGCUUCCGGUUCCAGUGGUAAAAGGAAGAGUUACACCGUGGAGUAUAAAAAAGCGAUUGUCGAAGAAUCUUGGGGCAAAAAUGUAGUGCAGUUCUGCAAGGAGAAAAUGUUGGAUCACCGACUGGUCCAAAAAUGGCGUGCAGAAUACACUAACCUGAGUGAAAAAGUGGAGAGCGGAAUGGCUAAAAAGCGCAAGAUUGGAUGUGGUCGGCAACCAAUGUAUACAGAGCUGGAAAGCCUGGUCUCUGAGUGGGUUGCAGACAGGAGAGCAAAGACAUUGGUGGUGACCAGGGCUGAGAUUCAGGAAUAUGCCCUUGCAGUGUUGCCACAGUUUGACAUUUCCCCUGAACAAUUCAAGGCAUCACAGCACUGGGUGGAUAACUUUCUUGAACGCAAUGACCUGUCUUUGAGAAGAUCCACAACCCUCUUUAGGUUGGAAGAUGCUGAGAUUGUUAAACGGACAUUAGCCUACAAGAAGUUUGUGGAUGAUAUUGACUUCUCUAAGUACAGUCUUUGCAACAUGAUCGCCAUGGAUGAAACUGCCGUGUUCAUGGGCCAAGCAGCUCAAACCACCAUUGAUCAACGAGGUGCCUCCUCAGUGUACGUUCCCUCCACCGCUUAUGAAAGUGCACGUGUCACCUGCAUUUUGACGAUUCGUCUGGAUGGCACUUAAGCAACACCGCUACUCA